AUGAAUAUUGACUGCCGCUAUCUUACAGACUCAUCGAGUGCGAGCGACAUGGCCUUAUUACGCGUCAAGCCUUUCCAUGGCAUCAUUCAUAGCCACCCGCCUCGGGCCAUAGCAUCUUUCUCAACACGGACCCUUCUACAUAGCCAAGAUCACACCCCUAAGAAUAAUCAACCGAACGAUAAGAGAGAAACCUACUGGAAGUAUGAUCUCAGCUUCAAGACUCAGAUGGGUAAAACAGUCCUCAUUGCUGUUCUUGCCGGGGCCGGUGCUCUGGAGAGCUGGACGUGGUAUCAGGAAAUCCGGGCGUGGUGGACGGGUGUGCGAGAUGAUGGGACAGAUGUAUAG